AUGUUCGUGUCCGACUUCCGCAAGGAGUUCUACGAGGUGGUCCAGAGCCAGAGGGUCCUUCUCUUCGUGGCCUCGGACGUGGACGCUCUGUGCGCUUGCAAGAUCCUUCAGGCCCUGUUCCAGUGUGACCACGUGCAGUAUACACUGGUUCCAGUUUCUGGGUGGCAAGAACUUGAAACUGCAUUUCUAGAGCAUAAAGAACAGUUCCGCUAUUUUGUCCUCAUAAACUGUGGCGCCAAUGUGGAUCUGUUGGAUAUCCUUCAACCCGAUGAAGAGGCCGUGUUUUUCGUGUGUGACACUCACAGACCAGUCAAUGUCGUGAAUGUGUACAACGACACCCAGAUCAAACUGCUCAUUAAACAAGAUGAUGACCUUGAAGUUCCCGCUUAUGAAGACAUCUUCCGGGAUGAAGAAGAGGAUGAAGAACAUUCGGGAAAUGAAAGUGAUGAGGGGUCAGAGCCCUCUGAGAAGCGCACACGGCUGGAAGAGGAGAUUGCAGAGCGAACCCUGAAGAGAAGGCAGCGGAGAGAGUGGGAAGCCCGGAGGAGAGACAUCCUCUUUGACUACGAGCAGUACGAGUAUCACGGGACGUCGGCGGCCAUGGUGAUGUUUGACCUGGCAUGGCUGAUGUCCAAGGACCUGAGCGACAUGCUGUGGUGGGCCAUCGUUGGACUCACGGACCAGUGGGUGCAAGACAAAAUCACCCAGGUGAAGUACGUGACCGACGUGGGCGUGCUGCAGCGGCAUGUGUCCCGGCACAGCCACCGGCAUGAGGAUGAGGAGCACGCGCUCUCCGUGGACUGCGCGCGCAUCUCCUUCGAGUACGACCUCCGCCUGGCGCUCUACCAGCAUUGGUCCCUCCACGACAGCCUGUGCAACACGUGCUACACGGCGGCCAGGUUCAAGCUCUGGUCCCUGCACGGGCAGAAGCGGCUGCAGGAGUUCCUCGCGGAUGUGGGUCUUCCCCUCAAACAGGUGAAGCAGAAGUUUCAGUCCAUGGAUGUCUCCUUGAAGGAGAAUUUGCGGGAGAUGAUUGAAGAGUCUGCAAAUAAGUUUGGCAUGAAGGACAUGCGUGUCCAGACUUUCAGCGUCCACUUUGGCUUCAAGCACAAGUUCCUGGCCAGCGAUGUGGUCUUCGCCACAAUGUCACUGAUGGAGAGCCCCGAGGACGGCUCUGGGACGGACAGCUUCACGCAGGCCCUGGACAGCCUCUCCAGGGGUAACCUGGACAGGCUCUACCGCGGCCUGGAGCUCGCCAAGCAGCAGCUGCGCGCCACGCAGCAGAUCAUCGCCAGCUGCCUCUGCACCAACCUCGUCGUCUCCCAGGGGCCCUUCCUCUACUGCUCCCUCACGGAGGGCACCCCGGACAUGGUGCUGUUCUCCAAGCCCGCCUCCCUGAGCCUGCUCAGCAGACACCUGCUCAAGUCCUUCGUGUGCUCGACAAAGAACCGGCGCUGCAAGCUGCUGCCCUUGGUGAUGGCUGCCCCCCUGAGCGUGGAGCAGGGCACCGUGACCAUGGUGGGCAUCCCCCCAGAGACCGACAGCUCGGACAGAAAGAACUUUUUUGGCCGGGCGUUUGAGAAGGCGGCAGAGGGCACCAACUCCCGGGCGCUGCACAACCACUUCGACCUCUCGGUGAUGGAGCUGAAGGCCGAGGACCGCAGCAAGUUCCUGGAUGCACUCGUGACCCUGCUGUCCUAG